AUGGCCAAGAAGUCCAAAAAAUCCAAAUCCCAAAAAGCCGACGAUGAUCUGACUUGGGAUGACGCCACAGUUGACAAGCAUCUCAAACCAACACUGGCCAAAAAGAAUAUUUGGUGGCCUGACGAUGCUCGCAAAAAAGACCUUGUUGCACUUUUGAAGUCGCAUUCUGUGUCCAUCAAGGAAGUGAUGGAGGGAAAAAAGCCGCGAAAAUACAGAAGGCCUCCGAAGCCGGAAUCAGAGGAUGAAAGUAGCGAAGAGGAAGACGAGGAAGAAGACGAAGACGAAGAGGACGAAGCAAGCGACGACAGUGGUCAAGUCAGUGACGACAAGAAGAAGAGAAAAACAGAUAAACAGAGGCAGCAUAAAGAAAGACAAAGAGCUACAGCCGGCAGAGAUAAGCCAGCAGGUGUGGACGACAAAAUGCUGGACUCAAGAGUGGAAUUAGAGCAAUACGAAAACGAUAUCUGGGAAGAUCCCGAGAUGACGGAACUGCUACCUCACCUUGCGGAUGCUGGAGUCGACUUCACGACGGCCGUCAAGGAAUACAGCCAAGUUGUCAAGGCACUCAGCCCCCACAGUGUUACGGAUUUCUGGUUCUAUGCAGAUUUGGUUCGGGAAAAAUAUAAGGGGGAUCGUAGCGCGCUCGAAGCUGCUCUCAGCAGAUUCCCUUACGGCCACCAAAUCUGGAAACGGGUGAGAGAUCAGCAGAAGCGUGAUCCCGUGGCGUGGGAUCGAUUGAGAAGACUGAAGUGCCUGGAGAAUCGAAAGGCUAUCCUUUCCGGAAAAGGCAAGCCGAAUAAAAAGGCCACGAAAACCAGCAAGAAGGCCGCCUUACAGUCUGUGGAAUCUAGUGACAGCGACGAGAAGAGCGAUGAACAAAACAGUGAUGAGGACGGUGCUGGCAGUGGCGAGGACAGCGACGAUCCGUUCGACGAUACACAGAGCAGCAGCGACUCCGACACGGACAGUGAACGUGGAAAGUACGACAGCAAGAAAGCGCGCGUCGCUCGUGGUUUCGACGACAAAAACGCGGCAAACAAAAUAAAAGUAGAGGAUCCCGAGAGACCAGGGCACUUCGUCAAGGCAGACAUCAUCGGCCGCCAUCCUUCCCGAAAAGGCUGGCUGAUCCUCGCGCUGCCAAGCAACAACAAAAAGUAUCCGCAAUUAUCGCGCGGGCUCUGUGUUGAUGGCACAAGUGCCAAAUACAACGAGGCGUUUGAGCGCUACGUGUCAGACGGCUCGAACAAAACCCCCUCUACGGCGACGGAAGCUAACCUACACGAUUGUGCGCCGUCCGAAUUCGAGCUCAACCUCAUUUCUACGAUUCCGUGGGGCAGGAAUGUGCACACGCACGGUUAUGGGAUUUUUCAUAAGAAGAAGGGUGAGUUCCUGAUGUUUUCCAAGCAGGUCCUUGGCAAGAAAUGGGGCUCGCGGGACGCCGAUGAUGUGCUGCGCGAUCAUAUGAUCAAGGCCGGACAAUCGAUGCCUGGAAGGGAGGGCAAAGAGAUCAGAGCUAAAUCUUGGAGGAAAUGA